CCAGAUCAAAUUAAGAGAAUCUUGCAUGGACGGCGAAAGUCAUCAUAUACCGCUUUCUGAACCGAUAUUAAUUCGACCAGAAGAGAUAAAUAGCACCGAGAUGGAAUAUAAUAAGCAGGAGAGAUGGGAAAAGAGAGAGAAAAGCGACGCAGGCGACCAUUUUUAAAUCUCUUUGUGUGUGUGUGUGUGGCGGCGGCGGCGGCGGCGGCGGCACAGCUGAUUGUGGCUUCAGCUGAUUGUGGCUCAAGAUGGUGGAGGUGCAGUAGUGGCGAGGUUCCCGCGCCCCUCUCAACCCUUCUGUGGCGUUGACCAGCUCGCGGUACCGCGAUGUUAUGGAUGUAGGUGGUGGAGGAGGUGUGCCGGCGGGGGAUAUGGUCAGUAUGAGGGGUGACGGUGUGUCAGUGGGGAGCAGUGGGCAGACCAACGGUGUGGUGGUGGUGGGGGCUAGUGGUGUGGGCACUGGGGCUCUCUCUGAUACUACUACGGCCGCGGGGAUACACGCUCCCCACGGCCUGGAGUGCCACUCGAACGGCACCGGCGCCAAUGGAGAUACGCAGUGGAAGGUGGUGCCGCCGCAGGACUCGUCCAAGAUGAGCAAGAUUCGGGAUAUCGUGGAGAACUCUGCAAGCCUGGAGAGCAAAUGCUUGGUGGAGAGCCUCGUUCAGCAGGUUGGCCAGCUGUCGGACGUGGAGAAGUUCCUACUCUACCUCAAACUGCCCGUCGGAAGGCCUCCAGACACCGACCCGCUCAAACAUCCACUGAAUCCCUUGGGUAGCCGCUGUGAAAUACAGUUGACGAUAACAUGGAUACGAACCCACUUGGAGAUGAACAGUGAGGUGUCCCUGCCCAAACGUGAGGUCUACAAUGAAUACAUGCACUACUGCACCCUCAACAACAUCAAGGCUCUGAGUACAGCAGACUUUGGGAAAGUGAUGAAGCAGGUGUUUCCAGGGGUGAGACCACGACGGCUUGGCCAGCGAGGUGCCUCCAAAUACUGCUACUCUGGCCUGCGUAAGAAAUGGGCCCUUGACCCUCCUGACUUGCCUGAUCUCAAUGAUAACAUGACGAAAAAAAAUAUGUUAGGCGUGGAUUGUGUGGUUGAUGAAAGCGAGGUCGAGCGAGCCGCCAGCUGCCUGAUUAUGGAGUGGGCCGAAAAGCUGUGCUCUGUGAAGUUUGAGUGUAUCCGUGACCUGGCACUGCACCUUGUCCAGAAGAACUAUGUUGAUAGCCGAUCCAUGGCCGCCUUCACUCUCCUCUCCGUCGCAGAUCAGAAGCAAGGAGUGUUGGUGAGCAGUGGAGCCGCAGGCGGGAAGCACAGAGAGACGCAGCUUCAGCUACAGCGCAAACUUCAGGAGCGGGAACACAUUCGAGAACAGAAAAGAAAGCUUCAGGAACAGCAACCCACAGUAAAUAAAUGUAAUAAUGAAAGACCAAAAUCUAGACGACGCAGUGGAGCAUCUCGAAAUCCCUCGGGUGAGACUCUAUCAAAUGGAACCUCGGUUACUGCUACAAACAAUAAGGCCAGUCCUGGUUCUGGAGCUCAUCUUCCUACUGCCACCACUAUAGCCACCACAAUCACCACCACCACCACCACUACAACCACCAAUGGCAACUGUGAUAGCUUGACCUCUGAGCUUCCCAAUGGUGCUCAUAACAACAUCACUAGCAUCAACACAAGUAGUGUGCAUGGUAUUGCAUCCAUUAAGCAAGAACAGCAACUAGAUUUUCUCGACUCUCUCACUGAUGAUAAGAUCCUCGAUGCCAAAUCUAAUGUCGAUGGGAAGAAUGGAAACUUUAGUAGUAGUAAUAGUGUAAUAACAAAUGUGGGACAUUCUCAUCAGCCAAUUAGAAGAAAUUGUAGCAUUAGUAAUAUUGUUAAUAGUUUUGUAUCGGAAGUAAAGAAACCAUUGGGUAGUAAAGUACCAAUUCCAAAAACAAAUCCCUCAAAGAAGACGUUCCUCAUCAUGCCUUCCACAGCUCCCAAAACUACAUCCCCUAAAGCCCGUUUUAAAGCCAUCCAGCCUAAGAUGACAGAGAGUAAUCAAGGGUCAAUUACAGGGGGUUCACAGUGGGCAGAUGUUCUCAGUGGAGUGACAGAGGACCUCUCCCAGUCUAGGCCAGAAACUUUAUUAACCAAUAGCUUUGGAGGUUCAACCAUAGUUGAGUCGGCACCCCAGCAUCAUGGACAGAAGGAAUCACAGCAGCAAGGAUUAAAUAAUAAUAACUGUACAAAUAAUCAGGAGGCAGAAGAUGAACUCAUGCAAUAUUUUCACAAGAAUGCAGUGGACUUGGAUGAUGUGCAGAAGUCCAGUCAGUUGUCAGAGUUGCGUAAAUUGUUGCAGAGAAACCUGCCAGGGGGUCAAGCUCAGGGUGGUGUUGGGGGGAGUGCAAGGUCUCUUGUGAAUGAUUCAGAUAUGUUGGAUCAAGAUGUAUCUAUAUCUGGAGGAAUGAGGCGGAGAGUAAGUUUUCAGCCUUCAAUUGAUGGAGGAGAAGCAUUAAACCCAUUGAUGGGUGGUCAAACUGUAGGUUCAGUCCCACCCAGCCCAAAUACUCGUAGGACACAGUUUAAUUUUACUCCAAUAAGUAGUAACCUUGACCAAGCACAGGGUAUGUCACAGUGCUCUAGUGCUAAUGCUAGCCCUUUCAUGUCUCCUCGUAAUACCCCAUUGCCUAGAUCACGACAUAAUUCUGGCCAAACUAGCUCAACCUAUGUGACACCCCGCAGUACACCGUUUACUCCAGAUCAGCCUAAUUACCCAGUUGCUUCAGAAUGCAAUACUCCAUUUAUGUCUCCAAUUACAACACCACUAUUUCCAAGAUCACGCCAUAACUCGAGCCAGAAUCUGCGUACCCCAUACACUCCUACUUGCCGCUCUCGUCACUCUUCGGGUGCUCCAGCAUUUAGACAUGCUCCAUAUACUUCGGAUGAUAUGUCAAGCCGUCGUGGAGGAAAGUUUCGCUCUAGACACUCUUCUGGAAGUGUUCCACCAUCACCCUCUUCUGCUCCUUUGUCUCCCCUGGUGCAGGAUGGUUCAGUACAUCAGCAGCAUGAUUCUAUGAGCUUACAGCUUCCAUCAGCCUCCAUGCUGCACCACAUGCUCAAAAAUAAGCAACCUGUCGGGAGCGGAAUUAAUGACUUGCGUCGUCGCCAUAUGUCUGCUGGGCCCACUAUUCACUACCAGCCUCAACCCCCAGCAUUCCCAGCUGAUCCAUUGGCCCAAGAAAUAUCUAGUGUAAUGACCAACUCUCAGCCAGGACCCAGCGGUGCACCUUCAGGAAAUUCAAACCGACCCCAGUCAGUUCCACUCUUGCAGAUGCUCAACAUGCCAUCGUGCAAUCCAGAAACUUUUCCAAAAUCACAGCCAAACACCCCUCUUGUCAACCAACAAUUCUCAUUUUCUGACUGCUGUGUGUCUCAGCCUUCAUCUUAUGCCCCAACUCCAGUUCCCAGUGAAUACAAUGACUUUACAGAGAGCUAUAAUUUGGAAAUUGAUCCUAUGUUAGAUGUAAAUUUACAAAAUGAUGGUGGUGUUACAGUUGGACUUGACAGUAUGGAGUCUUUAGCUUUACCAGAAAAUCAUUCUGCGGAUCUUUCCACUCUGUCUGAUCCCAUGCAGGUUCCUCCAAAUAUUAAUCCAUUUUCAAUUAAUUACCAAACUGACAAUGGAGGCAUGAGAACCAUGGAUGAGCAGAUAUCUAGGCACGAGCCUACUCUCGGUGGGGGUAAUUGCUGCAUGGACAACCUGAGAGGCCAGCAGGGAGAUGGUGGUGGUGCUCAAGGGCCACUCAUCAGCCCGGCCUCCAUGCUGACUUUGAAUGCACUCAAUCGGUCAGGUCUGUCUCUGGAGAAUGUGAGUGGUGGUGGACUGGAGGAAGACUUCCAGCCCACUCUUGGCGACCUGGGUGACCAGGAGGUGUUCAACUCUCUGGUGCUGGAUGUUAACAAAGACUGACAUCAGCCUGCCACAUGGGCAAAGUAUCUGACUUAAUAUUUUAGCUCAGUUGGCCAACUAUUAAUCAGUAUGGUUUUACCCAACAGUACAUUCACAGUGUACUCAUAUUUAGUCGAUGUGGCACAUUGAAACAUACUCAAACACUUAUGCAUACACUCUUAUACCUGGAACUUAGCCUCACAAAACUUUGUACCUGUAACAUAAACAAGGGCAUACAGGAUUCUCCAGAUUAGGCCCGAAUUUAAUGAAGACAAUAUUGUGUGUUUCAUCACAAUGGCAUUUUGGCUUAAAUUUUUGCUUAUAUCUAGAAAAUCCGGGUAUUGGUGAGGCUAUAAUAUAAAUUUAUCGGCAUGCACAUUGACAUUGGUUAAUUUUUUUUAAUAUUGGGCAACCUAGUAGAUUGUCUGAGUCAUCACUCAGGCAAGUGAUCUCAAAAAAAUUGAAUUUAUCUUGCAUAUAUUGGAACUCGCCACAAGGUGAAUAACAAAAUUAUUUAAUUUAA